ACGCUCUUCCUAAAAGUCCCCUCCCUGAUUGGUGUUGGUCCGCUACAGUUGACCGUCCCGACCUCGUAACGGCUUUCUUGCACGCGGCUGUUGAACUUUCGAAGCUUCCGAAUGCCAGACAAAGCCGAACUCAAACGUCGAAGAGCACAAUCCCAGAGAGACAAAGCCAGGAACCGGCGUGAGAAAGAGGAAGGGAUAAGCAGAAUAGCGCAGGCAGUUCAGCAGCAGUUAGCUCUUAAUCGGCAACCGAGCUUGCCGGCAACUAUACCAGAAGGGCACACGUCUCCCAUAUCACUUAUUGUCACAAUGGAAAAACGUUCGACUGAGUUGAUGAAGAACAUCGCCAGGUAUUGACCUUUUGGACUUACGCUAUCUCACCUAACUGCUACAGAAUGUUCAACGACACAAGAUACUCCGAUGCUACCGUCGUCAUCUAUGGCAAAAACCUACCUAUUCACAAAUCUGUUGUCUGCACACAAAGCAGAUACCUCGAGAAGGCGUUUCAGGACUCGUUCGUUGAGGGAAGCUUAGGAGUGCUCACGUUCAACAAUGGUAGUGAAGCCGCCCACUGGAGGGUAUUUGAGUAUUUGUACACAGGCGACUAUCCGGACGAUCUAUUAUACGAUAUCGAAGAUGACCCUGCGCUGCUCAAAGAGCCUCGUGUAUACGCCCUUGCCGGCAUGUUCUUCUUAGAAGACUUGAAAGCGGUCGCCAUAGCAAAACUUCAGCAAAAGUUACAGGAUCUCUGGACGAGCGACUCCUUUCCAGAAUGCAUUCGAGAAAUAUAUGCGACAACUCCUGAGAACGAUCUUAGGAUGCGAUCUGCUGUAGUAGAGAUAGCAAAGGCUCAUAUUGGAGAACUAGGUAGUAAGGACAUAUUCAAGGAUCUCAUCCGCGAGGGUGGCGAAUUCGCCGUUCAGUGUUUUGAGAGCGUUGUUUUUCUACCGCCUUGCGCGACCUUCUCUACCCUUCAUUCAAGAAGCGGUUUGUUUGGUGGUCCGUCUAGAGGUUCCGCUACUUUUGGGGGUUUUUAA